CUAAGUUAGGUUCCAUGACAUUUCUUAGUAGGCUCCAUAUGAGACUAGAGAAAUUUAUUGUUUUCUUUCUUUUAAGGCAAAUAUCAUACAACGCAAGAAACAUCAUUCACAAACUAUAGUCAUGUUCCACAAUCUUAUGCUGGUGCUGUUUUUUCUGGCUACAGUUGUAGCAAGUAAAGAUGUUAGUUUCAUCUAUAAUGGAUUCCAAUCAUCUCAUUUGUAUCUUGAUGGUAUUGCUAAGUUAACCUCCAAUGGGUUACUCAGACUCACCAAUGAUACAACGGAACAAAAGGGACACGCUUUCUAUCAAAAUCCUAUAGUUUUCAAGAAUACUUCCAAUGGAAGUGUGUCUUCUUUCUCAACUACUUUUGUAUUUGCCAUAAGACAUGAUAUUCCAACUCUUAGUGGUCAUGGAAUUGUUUUUGUUGUUUCACCAACAAAAGGGUUACCAUAUUCACUACCAAGCCAGUACCUUGGUCUAUUUAAUAAAUCCAACAACGGAAAGAGUAGCAACCAUGUUUUUGGAGUGGAACUUGAUACUAUUGUAAACAGUGAGUUUAAUGAUAUCAAUGAUAACCAUGUUGGUAUUGAUAUCAACGAUUUAAGUUCAGUUAGUUCAACUCCUGCAGGAUAUUAUGAUAAUAAUGGUCAGUGGAAGAAUUUGACCCUUUUCAGUGGCUAUCCUAUGCAGGUUUGGAUUGAAUAUGAUGGUGAAAAGAAGAAGAUUGAUGUUACUUUAGCUCCUAUUAGUGUUGCUAAACCAAAACAACCUUUGUUGUCAUUUGUCAAAGAUCUUUCUCCAAUUCUUCACAAUAGUAUGUAUGUUGGGUUUUUAUCAGCUACUGGCACAGUUCAAACUUCUCAUUAUAUUCUUGGUUGGAGUUUUAAGGUUAAUGGUCAAGCUCAAAGCCUUGUGAUUUCUGAACUUCCUAAGCUACCAAGACUUGGUGAUAGAAGAAUAUCCAAACUUUUAACUGUUGGGUUACCUUUGAUUUUGCUAAGUUUGGUUUUCAUGAUAAGUUUAGGGGUUAUUUAUUUCAUCAAAAGAAAGAAUAAGUUUGCUGAAUUGCUUGAAGAUUGGGAGCAUGAAUACGGCCCUCGUAGGUUUAAAUUCAAAGAUUUGUACUUUGCCACAAAGGGUUUCAAGGAAAAAGAAUUAUUGGGAGUUGGUGGAUUUGGCAGAGUCUACAAAGGUGUGAUGCCAGGUUCCAAACUUGAGGUUGCUGUGAAGAGGGUUUCUCACGAAUCGAGACAAGGUAUGAAGGAGUUUGUGGCGGAAAUUGUUAGUAUCGGUCGUCUUCGUCAUAGAAAUCUUGUUCCACUUCUUGGUUAUUGCAGGCGAAAAGGUGAGUUACUUCUGGUCUACGAUUACAUGUCUAAUGGAAGUUUAGACAACUAUUUAUACAACCAACCUAAUGUGAGCUUGAAUUGGAGUCAAAGAUAUAGAAUCAUCAAAGGUGUUGCUUCAGGUUUGUUUUAUCUUCAUGAAGAAUGGGAGCAAGUUGUGAUUCAUAGAGACAUAAAAGCUAGUAAUGUGUUAUUAGAUGGUGAAAUGAAUGGUAGAUUGGGAGAUUUUGGUCUUGCAAGGUUGUAUGAUCAUGGUGCUGACCCACACACAACUCAUUUGGUUGGAACUGUAGGGUAUCUAGCUCCUGAGCAUACUAGAACAGGUAAAGCCACUAAGUUUUCUGAUGUGUUUUCUUUUGGUGCUUUUGUUCUAGAGGUUGUUUGUGGCAAGAGGCCUAUCUAUCAUAUAGGGGGAAAUGAGAGUGUAAUUUUGGUUGAUUCUGUUUUUGAGUAUUGGAAAAGAGGUGAGAUUCUUGAGGCAAAAGAUGUAAAUUUGGGAACAUAUUAUGUGUUUGAAGAGGUUGAGUUGGUGUUGAAACUUGGCUUGUUGUGUUCACAUUCAGAACCUUUGGCUAGACCAAAUAUGAGGCAAGUUGUGCAGUAUUUGGAGAUGGAUAUACCAUUGCCUGAUUUGUCUUUGCUUAGUUUAUCUUCUUCUGGAUUAACUUUUAGGUACCAAGAGUGUUUUGAGGACAUUCCAAUGUCUUAUCCAUCUUCAAUGGACAAGACUAUGUCACAUACUUCUGUGUCAAUUUCUGAGUCACUUCUUUCGGGUGGUCGCUGAUUUCAAGAGGCAUGUGAAAUGGAUGCUUAGUUAGUCUAUUUGGAUUUUUCUUAAUAUGCUAUAUGAAAAUUGAAAUCAUGUUUGAGUGAACAUUGUAAUAGAUACAAGAAAGCUUUUUUUUCUAUUAAACUAUUCUGUUUUCAUUUUGCCAUUUAUGUUGUCUGAGUUUGUUUCUUGAGUACAAGAAAGAAACUACAAUUAUUAUUCAGCAAUAUCACACAGUGAAUCAAUGUGAAAGUUACAGAAAGAAACUAUUUGAUACUUCACCAGAGUAACCACUUUUGGGAAACUAAAAUGAAGACACAAAUGAUAGAA